AUGUCAUUGCGGUUCAGUGCUUCCGUAAUUCAGUCCGUGACAGUCGAUCCUCGAUCCGUGUUCUGUGAUUCCUAUUUCGUGGUACGUGAUCCGACUUCCGUGCGUAACACUACUACUACUACUNCUACAAUCAUUACACGUUGGCGUCACGUGAUGGAGCUCCCAACGAUUGAGCAACUGAACCCGCAGGCAAGCCCAUCUGAGAUCGAGGAAUUGGUCGAACAAUUUCAACUGUGGUGCAGUAUUUGCAAAGGUGGUGCACAGAACCAAUCAGCCCUAUUUCUUACUGUUGGAGGCCGUGACCUCUAG